AUGAUUACCGUCUCCGUGGGGUCUCGACAAGCCGUUACCAAAAACGUGCCCAUCAUAUAUGUGGACCGGAACGACAACAUGCUCAAUUUGAUCCCACUCGCCGCCGUUUUCUUAACAAUUUACCGCGAGAUAUGGGGUAAAUACGAGGAAGAGUUCGUGAUGGAGUGGCGCCAAACGCGGCAAGAAUUCAUGGAAGCGCUUACCAAGAGCUUCAGAUACGGUCGAGACCCCAGGUUGACUUUGAGUGAUGACAUAAUCCCCAUGAUGAGAAAAUAUAGCUAUGAAGAAACUAAUGCAUUGAAAGACAUUGAAGAUUUCAUCGACGCCCAGCUUAGUUUUCAAAUGUCUAGCCAACAUCGGGAUGCCGUCAUUGCCAACGCCGACUCGAGAGCAUGGCAGAUUGUGGAACAAGGUUUCCAAAAGUAUCGCGACAUCUUCAAUGAACACAUGUUUCCUCAUCUUCCAUUGAAAAGUCGGAACAAGCUUGACAGUAUCAUUAGCACUUACGAGAAGAAAAUGAGACAAGCACCAAUUUCGAGGGAUCGGAAGUGCCAAGCUUUCUUCAAUGACGAGGCAUCUGGCACCAACGUCCUUUGGAUCAACGCACUGUGGGGGAGACUCGACAUCCUUGUCCAAUUCCCCGACGGCCUCAGACGCAUCGUGUGGACUUGA